AAAUUAAUAAUUUACUAAAAAAUAUUUAAUUAUAUAUCAAAUCUUCAAAUAAUGAGCUAAAUUUUAGGUAAAGAAUAAAAGUUAAUUAUGCAAGGACAACAUAGAUAAAACUCUGUAAUUUAGGGAUAUAUUCAUGAUUUUAAAAUAAAUAAACUAGAAAAUAAUGAAGAAAAUUCAAAUUAACCCGUCUUAGCAGCUCCAUAGCAUUAAAAUAAUGAAAGUGCUUUGAAUAAACAUAAGAUUAACUAUUAAAAUCCAUAUAUAUCUCCUAAAUAUCGCUAUGAAAAACUACCAGAAAUUUAAGUUAAAUAAAAUGAAAGUGAAAAUGUAGAUGAUUUAGAGAAAAAUAAACAUUAAAGAUCUUCAAGCACCAUUUAUAAACACAAUAAUGAAUAAAUGAAUUUGACUAAUCCAUAUCUAACAAAGCCAAAUAGAUCUUAUUCAUAAAAAGCUGUACCAAGUGCAGUAAUGCUAUAAUAAAUUAAAUAAGAAAGAAUCAUAGUAUAGGAACAAAACUAAAUGCUUAUAAAUAGAUUAAGAAAAUUGAGAUAAGAAGAAUUAUAACUUUAAAAGAGUGCUGAAGAUGCUGCAAAAAAAGCUGAAAAGAUAUUUAACCAGAAAAAAUUAUAUAUAAAAAAGAAAGAAGAAGAGUAACAAAGAAUUCAAUAGCAAGAUGAUGUUGGAUACACUCACCCUAAAAAGUAACUAGAAAUGCUAAGAGUAUAAAUUGCAAAAGAAGAAAAUUUGAAAAAAAAGAAAGAAGGUUUUUAUCAAGUAAAGUAAAUAAUAGCUGAAGAGCAAAUUCGCAAAGCUUAAGAGUAAAAAGUGGCAAUUGAAAAUGCAAAAUUUAAGAUGGAGUAAAUGAAAAAGUAAAAGGAGAUUUCAAAAUAAAGAAAAGAGUAAUAUUUAUAAGAGAAAAAAUUAAAAUUAGAAAAGGAGUUACAAAAAUAAAGAAUAAAAGAAGAAGCAAUGCUCAGCUUUGCAAAGUUUGAAGCAAAAGACUUUGAAAGGAGAGAGUAAGAAAUGUUAGAAAGAAUUAAAUAAACCUAAUUGAUGAAAGAAUAAGCUAAAGAAUAAUUAAAGGAUUCUGUUACUCUUGAUAUAUUCGAAUAUGAAAAUAGAUAUGUUAAAGAUAAAAAAGUGAAUAAUAGUAGUCAUAAUAUGUCUAUGACAUCAUUAAAUGCUAACCAAAAUAAAAACGGUUCUUAAAAAGGUGUCGGAACUAAUUACAACUCAAGAGCAAUAUCUCAAUAAGUACUAAAGAUUAACUCUCAUGGAUAAUCUUAUAUUUCUAAUGGCUAAGAGUGA